GCCCUGUCCCGGCGUCUGCCGCCUCUCCUGCACGUGCCGCCGUCUCUGCACCUGCCGCUGCUCUUCCUCUGCUAUAUCACCUUCCUCCGCUGCUCUCCAUCCAUAUUCAGAUCUUAAAUAUUACCAACAUGAGAAUUCAAAGCAGAAGAAAAUAUACCUGUGAAAUUCUCUUUUUGUUGUUGUGCCUGGAGAAUUGAGUGAUAAAUGGGGCUGCAUCCUUUUGUUGUCUUGAAGAACCGCCCCUCUACGCUCCUUCCAUUAGAGUAAUAUGCAUUGACAUUCAACAUGAGAAGGUGAAUUUUCUUCCAAACUUAAAAUUCUGGGUUGACUGUCUCUUAGAGUUUUGGGAAUGAGAAAUAGAUCCUGGUAUAAAUCUUGAUUAAAAUUGAGAGAUUUUGCAUGGUAAAGCUUCCACACCAUUGAUGAAUCAUGAUUGUAUGCUUUUAUUUGAUAAUGAAUUUGAAUUGCAUUAAACAGUUGAUCAUCCCAAAUGGCUUCAGUUGCAGCUAUUCCUUUGCAAAGAUGCUAAAGAACUAUUGUUGGAAUAACGCCCUUAAGUAUCCUGUUAGUGUAGUCCGAUCUGCUCCAAGCCUCAAUCUAAAUAAGCCUUAUUUCUUGUUAUCAGGAACACCAACCUGCAAUAUUCCCAUACAGUAAACCCAUAUAGGCUUUACUUUAGGACAAGUGUAAACACAAUGUUGCUGAGUUUGUUCUUCUUUAAAGCAUAUGAGACACCAGGAUUGUCCUUGAAUCUGAAAUAUUCUCAAGUUUUAUGAAAAAGGUAGGAAUUCAAAAACUUCCAUAAGAAUAUCUUGAUUUUGAGUUUUUGUUCAGAAAACCAUGCCUUCCUAUAUUGACAGUAACUUAUAGUUCAGACCAUAUUUCUCAUUUUAAAUUAGAGGAUGAUCAUCCAAAUUCAUAAGACAAAGGCUUUCAAUAGUCUCAUUUGAGUUCUCACAGGAAUUUUAUUAAAGAUGUUUUUCAACUACUAUCAAUCACUUGUUUAUGUUAGGUAAAAAAUGGGUUGCAUAUUAUGAGAUUAAAAAUGAAAUAUGCUUACAAAGCUGAUUUGGUGGUGCAUCCAAAUAAAGGGUAUACAUGAUUCAUGGAAAAGAAACUCAUGCAUCUUUUUUAGUUUUUAUUUUAUUUUAUUUUUUAUGCAUCUUUUUUAGCUUUGUUGUCUCAUUUAGACAUGUAUUCUUGGAUCUCAAAAUCAUGACUGUGAAAGAUGUUGGAUCAGCUAAGUUUAUGAUUUACUUUUCUUAUUAUCAUUACAUUAUUAUUCUUGUUAUUAUAAGUAUUUACUUUAACAUAGUUAAUAUUUUGAACCUGAUUUUUUUUAAUCAGGGAAAAUCAAUACUGAAAGCUAGGAACAAAUGGCAGGGUGUUGUCAUGAAAAAAAUAUUAUAGACACAAUACUGACCAGCACAAUAAGGUACAUGAGAACUUGUGUGACAAAGUGAUCAGAGAAAUGCUAGAAAGAUUAUGAUGCACAGAAUUAUGGUGCCAUAUACUGGGGUGAUUCAAUGAUUUGGAGUCUUUCUCUUCAGCACAAAGACUUUUAAGAUAUAUUUUAGUUAAUUUCUAGCCACUGUAAAUUUAUUUUAUUACUAUUGAUUAUUCCUUUAAGAUGUAAUGUUGAUGACUUGAUGGUGAUAAAUUUCAACUUUCCUUGAGGGAAAAAUGGUAAUGCCUAUGCUAAUAUAUAUACACUUUUAAUUGUACAUUGAAAUGCA